AUAAUCGACGGUGAAGGUGCCCGUCUCUUCAUAUCCUAUCAGUGACUACGUUUCUUUAACCGCUGUCUUCCAAGUCUAUCCGUAUUUUUUUCAAGGGACAAGUGAUACAAGAUGAUGUUGGUGCCGCUGGCCAUAGUGCUCCUCGCGGCGUUUGUCAACGCCGAACCGGCGAUCAAUGAAGCUCGACCGCACAGUAACCGACCUGGAAGAUUCUUGUCUCUUCCGAUACCGCAAAAGUGCGCAAAUCGGCCGAAGCAGUUUAAUUUCCGAGGACACAACUAUUUCUACAGUGGACACGUACCAGCCCACGCUAAUCAGAAAGUGGACUGGUUAGACGCGAGAAACAUUUGUAGGGAGUACUGCAUGGAUCUCAUUUCUAUGGAAACCCAAGAAGAGAAUAAUAUGAUCUUUAGGCUCAUCCAACAAAAUGAUGUGCCGUACAUCUGGACGUCUGGCCGACUUUGCGACUUCAAGGGUUGCGAGAACCGACGUGACCUCGAGCCCAAGUCCCUGUACGGUUGGUUCUGGUCUGCGAAUCGCGAGAAAAUGGCGCCUACCAAUCAAGUACCAAACGGUUGGGGCUUCAAUCCGUGGUCGCAGACUGGCCACAAGAAGGUCAGGCAGCCGGACAAUGCCGAGUAUGAUAUCAACGGCACCAAUGAAUCCUGCAUGUCCGUCCUGAACAACGUUUACAAUGACGGCAUCGCUUGGCACGACGUCGCGUGUUACCACGAGAAACCUUUCGUCUGUGAAGACUCCGAGGAGUUGCUUAACUACGUGGCCAGCACCAACCGUGGUAUUCGCCUCUAAAAGGGAUCGCGGUCGCGGUAGCCGACACCUACGUGGUGAUCAUGCGAUCGUCCAUCAGCGUCACAUCAGCACUCACUUUCCUUCUAUACUUUCCGUCGCGGAGCCGAUGAGACACGUGCCAAAUGGAGACGCGAGACUUCCACGUGGCGAUUCUCGACUCUCAAAUGAUCACAGAAAAACCUCAAUUGUGUCAGAGAUAUAACAAAAAAAA